CUCAAAGGACGACACAGCCCGGGGCCUAGAGAGAGCUUCUCAGGUAUUCCCUCUGCGCAUGCGCUGCCGUACCUUUCAAGCUUGCAGAAUUCCUGUUUCUCUCUCCAGUCUCUGGAGUUGGGCUUCUUGGCUCUGAAGAGACAAACAGCAAGCUCCUCAAGUGGGAUGUAAAACAUAAAAGGUGAAAUGCCAGAUUCCUGUUCUGGUGACCCAGGGCUAAAGAGUGGGUUGAGGAGAAAUGUCCCACCCAUUACAGGGGAUGGUGUCAUUUGAAGAUGUGGUGGUGGACUUCACCUGGGAGGAGUGGAAGAACUUGGAUGAUGCUCAGAGGACCCUGUACAGGGAUGUGAUGUUGGAGACCUACAGCAACCUGCUGUCACUGGGAAACUGCAUUACCAAACCUGAUGUGAUCUUCAAGCUGGAGCAAGAAGCACAGCUGUGGGUGGUAGACAAAAUCCCAAACCAGAUCUUCCCAGAUUUCAAAAAAACACAAGACCAAAUUGAGAGAAACCAGAAAAGUCAAGAUAGACAUUUGUGGCAGUUUGUAAUCAACAGUAACACAUCAGCUGUGGACACUGGUGAAUCAGUGAAAAUAUUUAAUUUGAAUUCAAACCAUAUUUCAAAAAUGAUUAUAAAGAGUAGAAACUGUUCGGGAAUGAUACCUAAGGAGUUGAAUAUACAUCCGAACAUGCAUUCUCUUAAUGAGCCUGCUGAGAUGUGUAGUGUAGAGAAGUCUGCUGAUAAUACAACUGGGAUACCCCUCAGAGAUUCAGAAAAUCUUAGUCAGCAGCCUGGAAUUCAGACUGGACAGCAGGAUUUUGAAGCUAGUGGACAAGGGAAAACCUUCAGUAGGCAGGCAAUGUUAAAACAUAAGGUUCAUAGUGGAGAGACCUAUAAAUACAAUAUACACAGAAAAGCCUGUAAAUCAUCUGUCCUUCAUAAAGAGGUCACUCAGGUACAGAAGAAAAUUUUAUACAAAAAGUUGAAUCCCAGGAACUGGCACAUAGAACCAAAGAAGAAACUCCAUGAGUGUAGAGAAUGUGAGGAAACUUUCAUAACCAGGUCAGAUCUUAUAAUACAUCAGAAGAUACACAGGGUGAGAAAACCCUAUGCAUGUAACCAGUGUGAGAAAGCUUUCAGGUUUAAAUCGCGCCUUAUUAUCCAUCAAAGAACUCACACAGGGGAAAAGCCUUAUGGAUGUAAUGAGUGUACAAAAACUUACAUCCAGAAGUCAAAGCUCAGUGAACACCAGAAAACUCACACUGGAGAGAAACCCCAUAAAUGUAAUGAAUGUGGGAAAACCUUCUACAAAAAGUCAGUCCUCACUGUACAUCAAAGAAUUCACCAAACAGAGAAACUCUAUGCAUGUAAACAAUGUAGAAAAACUUUCAAUCAUAAGUCAGGCCUUGUUGAACACCUCAGAACUCACACGGGAGAAAGACCCUAUGAAUGUAAAGAAUGCGGGAAAAGCUUUUACCGUAAAUCAAACCUCAGUACUCAUCAGAGGAUUCACACAAACGUGAAACAAUAUGAAUGUGAACAGUGUGAGAAGUCUUUCCGUGAGAAGGCACAGCUUACUGUACAUCAAAAGACGCACACAGGUGAGAAACCCUAUGAAUGUAAAGAAUGUAAGAAAGGUUAUACAGAAAAGUUAAGCCUCAUUGUACACCAGAGGAGUCAUAAAGUUGAGAAUCCCUAUAAAUGUAAAGAAUGUAAGAAAAGUUAUAUACGGAAGGAUGGCCUCAUUUUACAUCAGAGGAGACAUAAAGGUGAGAAGCCCUAUGAAUGUAAGGAAUGUAGGAAAUCCUUCUGCCAUAAAUCAACCCUUAUAAUCCAUCAGAGAAGUCACACAGGGGAAAAGCCUUAUAGAUGUAAUGAAUGCACAAAAUCCUUUGUCCAGAAGUCACGUCUUACUGUGCAUAAGAGAAUACACACUGGAGAGAAACCCUAUGAAUGUAGUGAAUGUGGGAAAACUUUCAUCUCAAAGUCACACCUAAAUGGACAUCAAAAAACUCACAAAGGUGAGAAAAAGUAUGAAUGUAAAGAAUGUAGAAAAACUUUCUAUCAGAAAUCAUGCCUUGUUGAACACUUGAGAACUCAUACCGGGGACAGACCUUAUGAAUGUAAAGAGUGUGGGAAAAGCUUUUACCGGAAAUCAAAUCUCCGCACACAUCUGCGAAUUCAUGCUGGUUUGAAACCAUAUGAAUGUGAACAAUGUGGGAAGUCUUUUCGUGAGAAGUCACAGCUUACUGUCCAUCUGGAAACCCAUACUGUUGGGAAACCCUAUGAAUGCAAGGAAUGUAAGAAAACUUACAAACGAAAGUCAGGCCUCAUUUUACAUCAGAGCAGUCAUAAAGGUGAGAAACGCUAUGAAUGUAAGGAGUGCAGAAAAUCUUUCUACUAUAAGUCACUCCUUACUCCCCAUCAGAAAACCCACAUGGUAGAAAAGCCUUAUCGAUGUAAUGAAUGUGCCAAAACCUUUUUGUAUACGUCACAGCUCAUUGCGCAUCAGAGAACUCACACUGGAGAACAACCGUACAAAUGUAAUGAGUGUGGGAAAACCUUCAGCAAAAAGUCAUACCUUAGCAAGCACCUGAAAGCUCACAAAAGGGAGUAAUCCUGCGUAGCAGAGACUGGCAGUAUAUUUCUAGAGUUCAUUGUUUUGCUCUUGAACAAAGCUUGUACUUCUCAGCCUCCUUUUCUUGUGUUUGGGCCCAUGUAACUGAGCUAUAUCUAAGGGAAUGUAAACAGGUGUCAUGAACGUUAUUUCCUGGUCUGGCAGCAACAAUAAGAACAGAAUUGUUCAUACCCAUUUGGACUGAAGUAUAGCUGGUACCUUUGAUGGCUUUGUGAGCUAUGUGUAGGAGAAUGCCACCAAAACAUAAUACAGAAGAAAUUGGUUGGAGAAAACAGAGAUCUUCCCAUUUCUUUCCCCAGUUCUGAUUUGUGAUUUGUUUUCAUUACAACACAAACAGCCCACUGUGCCUAAUCCACAUAAAAAAACUUUCAAAUAUAUGUGCCAGUUAUUGCGUAUUAGAAAAUUCACACAGGAAAAAAGCUUCCCCAAGUCCGUUUAUAAAAUAAACUGGGAUGGUGGUUCAAUCCCUGUGAUCACAGCACUCUCAGAGGCUGGUGCAGGAGGAUCAUUAAGUGUGAGCCCAACCUGGAAAAUGUAGCUCAUUUCAAAGGUGCUGGUUCAGUCCCUAGUUCUGCCAAAAACAAAACAAAGAAAGAUACAACAGAAAAUCAUGGGCAGAAACUAUAGAACAAAUUGAGAAAAACUUAUCAGAUAGGCAAAAUUCAUCAAGCCCUGAGAAUAAAGUAAAAAUUUUAUAAAUAUCACAGUUUGUAAUAAAAUAUCUAACCUUGCUUAUAUAUCCAAGAAUAUGUUACAAAGGGAAAACCACCAACUUAUAUAUAUGUGAAUUAUGUAGAAAAUAUGGCUAAUACACAUCUAAAUUUUCUUGUGGAAUUAAAUAUAUGACAAAUAUUCUAGAAGUAUUUGAGUACAUUUUACUAGUUAAAUAUAAAAAGUGAUGUGCACCAAGUUACAUUUGGUUAUAACUGGUGAUGUUUCUGGUUGUCAUAAGCAGUGGUGGGCAGUUGCUCCUGGCAUCAGAUGCAGAGCGGCCAGGAGUGUUGCUGAACAGCCCAUGGUACACAGAAUGGCUCCCUUCUGUAUCUGGAGGUUAGGGUUAGGCACGUUCCCUGUUCAUCAACGUUUUCUUGGGUGGAUCCCAACAUAAAUAUGUGUGUGGGAGAUGUAAACUUAGCAUAAUAACUGCUGUCACUUUCAUUAGGAUUUUUCCAUUAAAUGCUAUUGACUCUGCUUGUAACAUUUUAACAAACUAAAUACAUAAUUUUUUUCUAGUCUCCUGGUUUAAGCAAAUUUUCAUUGCCAUUGUUGCCAGAGUACCUCUUAAGUAAAGUCUUUUCCCCUAAAGUUUGCUUCUAACAAAGUUUACCUGUGUGUUUAAUAAAAACAUAUACACAGAAAUGCAUAAAUCAGGCACAUGAGUUUUACUUUAAAAUUAUUACUGGUAAAUUUUAGUGAUAUGGAAUAAUGAGGCCCUUUUGAUAUACCAGUACAAACAUACAACAUUUAGGUGAUUUUCAUCCCCAGGACACCGUUUCAUUCCUCCCUAAUCUGAUUGAUCUGUGAAAUCUAUGAUCUCUCCUUUUUAAGUUUCAUUUUUAGAUUGCUUACACAAGAGAAGGUUGAUAUUUAACUCGAUGAGACUGCCUUAUUCAACAUGAUGGUUUCCAUUUCCACCCAUUUUCCAGCAAAACACAUGAUAAUGCUCCAUGUUACGUAGCACAUUUUUUCAUUGAUUCCCUUGGUGGAUAUCAGACCUGUUUCCCUAGCUUAGCUAUUCUGAAUUGCAUAUGCCAGUGUAGAAGUGUGUGUAUGCAUGUGUCACUGCAGUAAGCUGUUCUCUAACUCCUGAGGAACAGACCAGAGUGGUACGCUGGGCAAAUGGUUCAACUACUUUUAGGUUUCUGAGGUGUCCUCUUAGUGACUUCCUUCCAUAGUGAUUGUCCUAGUUUACAUUCUCACCAGCAGUGUAGUGAAUUUCCUUGUCCCCAUCCUCAGCAGCAUACAUUGUCAUUCUAACAAUAGUUGAUGGAAUCUUUGUUCUGAUUUGCAUUUCCCUGAUAACUGAGGAUAUUGAAUAUUUCUUUUCCAUAAAUUUACUGGCCAUUUCUAUUUGAGAAAUGUGUUUACUUCACUUGCCUAUUCAUUUAUUAGGGUAUUUGGUAGUUUGUGUGUGUGUGUGUGUGUGUGUGUGUGUGUGUGUGUGUGUGUGUUAAGAUUGAGGUCUUUGUACUGUAAGUUAAUUUUCUAUCAGUAGAGUGGCUAGUAAAGAUUUUAGUCUGCUAAAACGAAACGUAUUCUGCUUUUGUUAGAUGGAAUACUAGAUGUUUGUUAAGUCUGGUUUGAUGUAUAGUAUGCUUUAAUUCAUAUUUCUUUGAUUUUUUUUUUUUUUGGUCUGGUUGACUUACUUGGGAAGAGAAGAGUAUUCAAGUCACCUACCAUGAUUGUACUGUGGCCUGUCUGGCUGUUACCAAGUAGUGUUUGUUUUGUGAAACUAGGUGCAGUGAGUUUGGUGCAUCCUUUCGAUUGUAAUCUUGGUGAAUUGACUCCUUUACCAAUAUUUGGUGCUCUUCUUUGUCUUUACAGAUUAAUUUUAGUUUUAAAUCUGUUUUGUUGGCUUUAAUUAUAGUCCUUCUGUUUGCUUUGGACUCCAGUUACUUGGAGUAUCACUUCCCAACCUUUCAUUACAGUCUGGCUAUAUCUUUGGGGGUAAGCUGUAUUUCUUGCAGGCAACAUGUAGUUAGAUAUUGUGUUUUGAACCAGUCUUCCAAACUGUUUCUUAAUUUGAGAAUAAAGGGCAUUUACCUUGAGUAUUGUUGUUGAAAGAUAUGUGUUAAUUCCUUUCAUUUUUUUUCCUAGUAUUUGAUUCCAUUCUGAUUUUUAACUACCUUUUUUUAAUGAUAAAUUUUAACUUCAAGUCCCAUCAUGACAAAUAGUAGCACACACUCCUCUUGAGCUGAAUGUGAUGGCACCAUCUGGGAUCCCUGCUACUCAGAAGAAUGAAAGAGGAAGGUCACAAGUUCAAGCCCAGCCUGGGCAACUCAGCAAGCCCCUGUCUCAGAACAAAAAACAAGGACUGGGGAUAUAACUUAGAGGUAGCACAGGCCCUGAUUUCAGUCUCUGUCUCUGGGAUGUGGCUGGGGGGAUCUCUGGGCCUGAUGUACUCAGCUCUUCUUUUUCUGUGAUACUGUAUAUUGCUCAGGUUCCCCAUGCACUUCUGUUUUCCCUUUGUACUUGUGGUUAGAGGGACAGGUUCCUUCGGCCCCUCACUUUAUAAAGUUCAUUCCUGUUAUCCCAGCCCUGCAGAAUGCUGAGGCAGAGGACUGCAUGUCUGAGCCCAGCCAGAGGAAUUUAGUGAGACACGUUCAAAAUAAAAAAAGGCUGGGGAGGUAGCUCUGUAUGAAUGCCGCGAGUUCACUCUCCAGUAAACCACAGGAACAAAAAGCCUUCUACAUAAGCAAGGACGGUCAUGAUUAAAUUUUUAAAAAUAUAUCAUUUAAGUUUAGCAGUACCUAGGUAAUAGUGUUCCCUUCCUGUCCUCACAGAUGAGCUGUUGACUGUCUGUUCUCUUGAGUAGAGAUGUGAUGUUUUACUUGUUAACAUUUUGGAUUAUGUGGGCUGGAGGAAAGCAUUACUGAGUUGCCUGUUAGAGCCCCCUGGAUUGCUAACGUGUAUUGUUACUCUUUAAUUUGUCCAAUGAUAUACAAAUUCUUCUGAAUUCUUUAGUAUACAAAUAUCUUUGUCUUUGCACUUCACCCAGAUUCCUGAGGAGCAGGUGCCCUGCCUGGUCUGCUGAUUCGUGGGUUCCCUAGAGCAGCGCCUUGGCCCUUCCCUUCAGGCUCACUUGCGGGAAUCUGUCCUGCCCUGGUCAGAGCGCCUCUUUCCCCCUCGCCCUCAGAUCCAUACUCAAGUCCACUCUCCCUGGACUGAAAGCCUCAUAGGAAUGCUCACCACCCCCACCCGCCCUCUGCCAGGCUGAGGGUCUCUUGAUGUUUUAUCUGUCUUCUCCCUGUCCUUGCUACCUCCUGAUCCAGCCAACCCACAGCCUUCAACAACUCCAGCAUUGAAGAACUCCUGCCUUGAAUGUGUGUUCUCCCUCUUUCUACCACGACCUUCUCUGGUUUCACACUGGAUCCAGCUCCUUAGACUCCUUCCUCUGCUGGAUCAAAGGUCUCUUCUUCCAAGGAGCCCUCCGUGACUCCUCCCUGGAGGAAGUCCAUCUUUGCACCAUCCUAUUCAUCCUUGCCCAACUUCCCUGGCCACCUACAUUGCCAUCUCCCCUUCACAUUCACACCCCUUCACAUUCACAUUCACAUUCACACCCCUGGCUCUUGAUUUUCCAGAAACCUCACUGAGACCCAUCAGCUUUUCCUGCCUGACCCCCAACUGCCCCUUCAUGUGUAUCCCCAGUGAUGCAAAGGAGCCAGCCAGCUCUCUGGCCUCUUCUAAGUGUGUUCUAAUCUUUCCAUGGGGAUCCAUCCUCAGGACCUAAUUACCUCCCACAGACAUGGCUUCCAUAGACAGCACAUCCUGAUUAGGGUUGCAACAUAUGAAUUGGGAUAAAGAGAAAAAUAGUCCACUGCCAACUCCAUGCCCACUAAUUGGACAGCAUAUAUGAAAUGGACAAAUUUCUUGGAAAUAAAUCUCCAAAUUCACUCAAGAAGAGAUAAUUUGAGACAAGUAUUAUCUGUAUAAUAAAAUGAACAUGCAAGGAGAAGUAUACACAGACAUGGAUGUUUCCAAACAGUAGCUCCAGGACCAAGUGGUUUUAACCAGUGAAUUCUCUUGACUAUCUAAGGAAGACAUAAUACCAACCAUACCCAACCUUUUCAAGCAAAUACAGCAUGAAGGACUAUUUCUUAAACCAUUUUAUGAGGUCUGUGUUAUCACAAAAUGCAGAUUUUAAAAAGUAAUCAACAUGUACUCUCAAGAAAUAAACACAAAAAUCCUCAAAAAUAGUGUAUACAGCAGUAUAUAAAAGGGAAUAAAUCACUAUGAUGGCAUUGAUUGUCAAAAUGACUACAAUACUAAGUCAACCAGUGUCAGCCAUCAUAUUAAUAAUCCAAAAGAUUAAAACCACAUAAUUUUAAAAAUGUACACAAAAUUCAAAAUCCAUUCAGUGUAAUUAAAGGAGUAAACAAAAAAUGGCUAACUUAAUAAUUGACACUGAAUGUUUUCUCUUUAAGACUGGAAACUGACAACAGUGUCUUUGCUGACCAGCUUUACUUAACAAAGCAUUCACUAGUGCAGUAAUAAGAAUGCAAACAAGAUACAGAGUAAGUCUACAUAAAAUAUCAUCACUACCACCACACACAAACACAAAAUGAACUACAUAAAAGCUCUUGAACCACUGUUCCAAGUGUUUUAGAAAAAGAAUAAUACAAUCCUAUGUUAAUCUCAUGUUAAUUGGAUUUAGUGGCACAUAUCUGUAAUCACUGCACUCUGGAAGGCUGGGGCAGGAGGAUCACAAAUUCAAAUCUUACACAAUCCUAUGCUAUACACAAAAAAUGGUCAGAGGGAAUUUGAAAUCAAGAGAUAGCAUCAUUCACCAUGUUACUGAAAUAGAAAAAGCAAAAAAUUAUUUGGCAUGCUGAAUUCUAUAAAACUUGGAUGAAAAAAAUUGAAUAUUCUUUGAUACUGUGAUUUGAGGAACUAUUUUCAAGAUGAUAAUAUGUAAUCUACUAACAGGUGAUUUCCUACUGUUAUGUUUUUGUUUGUUUGUUUGUUUGUUUUGUUUUGUUUUUUUGUAGUUCUGUAUUACGUGUACCCUUACACCGCUUUGGUUUGUUUUGUGUUUUUCUCUUUUUCCUCUUAAAUAAAAAAAAAAAUUUGAAGAAAUUCAUUUCUUUUUAAUUUGACCUCCUAUAGAUUCAACCCAAUCCAAGCUGAAAUGCUAGCAUUUUUCUGAAAAUCAAGAAGCUCAUGUUAAUUGGAUUUGGUGGCACAUAUCUGUAAUCACUGCACUCUGGAAGGCUGAGGCAGGAGGAUCGCAAAUUCAAACCCAACUUAGCAACACCCUGUUAAGACAAUAAAAUAUAAAAUAAAAAAGACCUGGGGAAUAGAUCACUUGGGGUGUGUGUGUGUGUGUGUGUGUGUGUGUGUGUGUGUGUGUGUGUGAAAACAUGAGAAAGAGAAGGAGAGGCGGGGAAGGGAGAGAAAGAGGGAGACAGAGAGAAGCUCAUUUUAACAAUAAAACAGAAGAUGACAAUUGGAAACCUAGGUGACUUCAGAAUUUUUUUUGGUAGUGCUAGAGAACUGAACCCAGGGCUUUACACAAAGCUCCAUCAUCUCCAGCCCUCAAACCUUAAUAAACAAGUAAAGUAAUCAAUUUAAUGUGGUAUUGGCAUAAAGUACAUAGACAGAUGAAUAAAAAUGAGUAGAUUCUGAAAAUACCUGUACGAAUACCCUGUUUUUCUAAGAAAGAUGCAAAUGUAUGCAAUGGAGAAAAACAGUCUUUUCAACAAGUAGUGCCGUAGUAACUGGACUCCCCUUUUAAAGAAUUAAACUUGACAGCUCAAAAUUUCUAUGGAAAUUAACAUGAAACAAAUCAUAAACUAAGUGUAAAAAGCAAAACUUUAAAAGUUUCUAGGAAGGCAACCAGAAAUAGUUUCUAGACAAAAACAUAAUCUAUAGGAGGUAAUUAAAGCAUUGGACUUUAUCAAGAUGAGUGCUCAGUUUUGGCAGCCUCUGGCGCUACACCCAUUGGAAGGCAUAGUGCAGCUCUGCUCCCUACCACAGCAUACAAGUCCAGGUUCCCCUCUAAUCUGCACUGGCACCCUGGGGAUACGGAGCUUGCUCAUUAGUACAGGCAUAAGACAGGCAUGGUGGUAGAUACCUGCAAUUCCACCACACUGGGAGGCUGAGGCGGGGGAUUGCCAAGCUCAAGCCCAGCCUAGCAGUGUAAGGAAGACACUGUUGCACAUAACAGGUGGGAAGUAGGCAGAUAUCUCAGGGUGAAGGCCCAGAGUUCAAGCCUCAUUACUGAAAGACAAAGGCCUCAAAACAAACUGGGCCCAAGUGGAUAACAGGCUCCCUACAAGGCAUGUGCAGAUAAUAACCAUCUUCUAUUCCAUCCUCAUUCUUUUUUCCAUUUUAAUUGUGUGUACAGCUGUGUGCUUACUGGGUAGAGCAGAAAGGGAUGCAUUUCCUCCACCUUUCCCUUCCUUAAUGCCUUCCAAUUCCUAGUAAAUCGUUCCCUAGGAAGACCCCUCCACUUACUCAGUAUAAGCUCCUAGGCUAUUUCUAGUUUUGCUCUGAUCACAGAUCUAUAAAACUAUGUCCAGCGUCUCUCCUCACCGCUCCACAGUGCUACUCGCCUAAGACCAAUUACCCAUGAGGCUUGCAUCUUCCUGGAGUUCUCCUCUGUGAUUCUGUAAUCUGUUGAAACUGCCUGCCCCGAGCUCCACACUACUCCAUUGCUCAGGGAUUCACUGAGCCUCACUAUCUACUGAGCAAAUUCUCUCACAGCGCUUUUGCAUGAAUGGAGUUUUUGUGUUAUGGGGAUUAAAAUCUUCAAACAUAUCCCACUUGAAUUUCUUAUAUAGGUGUUUCUUCUGUUUUGUGUUUCUUAGGAUUGCCUAAAGUUUUAUCCAUUUCAUUGUUUUUUCAGUCUAAGAAACAGUUUAUUUCUGAGUUUGACAGUUUAUUAAUACUAAUUUUACUUUUUAAUGGUUCUGCUUAGAAAAAGUAAUGUAUUCGUCUUACUGUUCUCUCCUAAUUCAUUAAAAUAUGACUACAAAUUUACUUGUUAUUUAAUUUAGCUAUAGCUGAAAACUUUUUAAUAUGUAGUAACAUUUAUUAUUGGACUUGAUUUUCUUUUCUGGUUUUUGUUGUUGUUGUUUGGGUUGUUUUUGUUUUUGUUUUGGUAGGGGACCCACACCCUUGGUCCUGAGCUAUAUCUGCAGCCCAGUUUAAAUUUUUAUUCUGAGUCAUGGUCUCACUCAGUUGGUGUUAUGGUAUCUGGAUGCCCCCUAAAGCCUCAUGCAGUAUGGGGGGGGGGGGUUUAAAGACAGAUUGUAAACUAGACUUAUGAUUUUCAUGGCCUCACCUUAGGAAAUGUUACAGCAUUCCCAGCUCAGCUCAGCAGAGAGCCAGGGUCCUCACUUCGUAAACAUCCUCAGCCUGUGCAAGAGGAGGGCGCAGAGAUGGUUGAGGGCUGCACCAGCCCUAGGGGUGGUGGCCACGCACAAUAUAAGGCGAUAGAAGAGGCUUGCUUCCCACUGGCUUUUUGUGCCUUCAGCCACCUUGAACUGGUGCCCCUCACCAUGCUGCCCUGCUUUGGAGCCAGCUGAUUCUGGACUGAAACCUGUACAAACUGUGAUAAACUGUAAAAACUAUAAGUAAACUUUUCUAUCCUUAAUUUUGGGUAUCACACAUUCUGCCACAGCAGUGAGAGAAACGUAACUAACACAGUUGCUAAACUGCUGUGUUGUGCUUGAAUUUGUGAUUCUCCUGCCAGUUUCCCAGAGUAGUGGGAAUACAUAGUAAGUGCAUUUGCUUUUGUACAUUCUGUUUAUUAAUAAAGAUGAGUUUUAAAUCUU